AUGUUCUGCGCCCAAGGUGUGGGAAAUUUGGUCGAUGAUGCGCUCAUUAUUUUAGCAACCUAUGAAUCCACGUCCCAAGAGCCCGCUCAUGAGCACGAGGGCUUCUUCGAGAGAAUACUUCAUCGCCAUCAUGAUAUCCAGGAAGCCAAGGACAAGAACGAAAGUCGUCAGGCGACGGAUGGCAAGGAUACCCAGGACCAUGAUGAGCAGCACAAGAAGGAGAGUGAGCGGCACAAGAUGAAAGACUACUUGCAUGAGGACGAGGAGCUUGAGGAUGAGGGAAGGACUUAUGGAGGAUUGAUGUAA